AUGAAAGACCAUUACCUCGUAAUGGAUAAUGCUCCUAUCCAUACAUCAGAGGACAUAGCCAGAUACGUAGAAUCGCGCGGAUACCGCUGCACUUGUUUACCGUCCCAUUCUUCUGAGCUCAACCCAAUCGAGCAAUUCUGGUCAGUUGUAAAGAGUAAAGUAAAACGUAACGGGUUCCUGGAAAAGGACACCUUGAUGACGAGAAUCAGUGAGGCUUCUAAUACCUUGAGGUUAAGUGAUUUUAAAGGGUUUGCUGAGCAUUCUCUUAAAUGCUUGAACAAGUGUCGUAAUAGGCAACCACUCUGA